GCUGUUUCAAGGGAGGCGAGACUGGGCUGGUCUGGCUGCAGCGGCUGACGGCGGGGGUGGAGCCGCAUCCACUGCCGGGUGGAGGGGCAAAGUGAGUGUCCUUAUCCUAGCGAUUGUGGCUCGGGCCUGUGAACCAGUUGGAGUCGCGGCGGCGGGAACGAUUGGGCCGAGCGGAGGGAAACAUGUUGCUCUUCGUGGAGCAGGUAACAUCUAAAGGGACUGGUUUAAAUCCUAAUGCCAAAGUAUGGCAAGAAAUUCCUUCUGGAAAUCCUGAUGCCACUCCUGUAACUCACGGAACUGAAAGCUCUUGGCAUGAAACAGCAGCAACAUCAGGGUCUCAGACUGAGGAAAGUACAGAGCUUUCAGAAGACAUGUGUAAAGAAUAUGAAAUAAUGUAUUCUUCAUCUUGUGAAACCACAAGAAAUACUACUGGCAUUGAAGAACCAACUGAAGGAAUGAUUUUAGGACCCGAAGAUAUGAGUUACCAAAUAUAUGACAUUUCUGGAGAAAACAGUGCGGCAAUCUCUACAGAAGACCUGAAAGAAUGUCUGAAGAAACAGUUAGAAUUCUGUUUUUCACGAGAAAAUUUAUCAAAGGAUCUUUACUUGAUAUCUCAAAUGGAUAGUGACCAGUUUGUCCCAAUAUGGACAGUUGCCAACAUGGAAGAAAUAAAAAAAUUGACCACAGAUCCUGAUUUAAUUCUUGAAGUGUUGAGAUCAUCUCCAAUGGUACAAGUUGAUGAGAAAGGUGAGAAAGUGAGGCCGAGUCAUAAACGUUGUAUUGUGAUUCUCAGAGAGAUUCCUGAAACAACACCAGUAGAGGAGGUGAAAGCUUUGUUCAAAAAUGAAAACUGCCCCAAAGUGAUAGGCUGUGAGUUUGCACACAAUAGCAAUUGGUACAUCACUUUCCAGUCAGAUACGGAUGCACAACAGGCAUUUAAAUACUUACGAGAAGAAGUUAAAACAUUUCAGGGCAAGCCAAUCAUGGCAAGGAUAAAAGCCAUCAAUACAUUCUUUGCUAAGAAUGGUUAUCGAUUAGUAGAUUCUUGUAUGUACAGUCAUCCCAUUCAAACGCAAGCACAGUAUGCUUCACCAGUCUUUAUGCAGCCUGUGUAUAAUCCUCACCAACAAUACUCAGUUUAUAGUAUUGUGCCUCAGUCUUGGUCUCCAAGUCCUACACCUUACUUUGAAACACCACUGGCUCCCUUCCCCAAUGGUAAUUUUGUGAACGGCUUUAAUUCACCAGGAUCUUACAAAACAACUGCUGCUGCUUUGAAUAUGGGUCGGCCAUUCCAAAAAAAUCGUGUGAAGCCUCAUUUUAGGUCAUCCAGUGGUACAGAACAAACUGCAGAGAGCUCUGUGCCAUUGGGGGAUGGACCAUUGAACAGAUCUAAUUCAAGGAAUUUUGCACCUGAACGGCAUAACCCUACAGUAACAGGUCAACAAGAGCAAACUUACCUUCCAAAGGAGACUUCUGCUUUACAGCUGGAACAAAAUGGGGACUAUGGUAGAGGCAGGAGAGCUCUUUUCAGAGGUCGAAGACGACGAGAAGAUGAAAGAAUCCCAAGACCCCAUCCUUCAGCUGAAUCAAAGUCGCCAACACCAAAGUUUGACUUACUAGCUUCAAAUUUUCCUCCUCUACCUGGGAGUUCAUCAAGAAUGCCAGGGGAACUCCUUUUGGAGAAUAGAAUGUCUGAUGUCAUUAAAGGUGUCUGCAAAGAAAAGGAGAAUGAAGAUUUGAGAGCUAAUGGCCCAGUACCUGAAGAAGAUGCACAGGUAGACUGUACUUCAGCCCAGCAACUCAGUAUGAGUACCAGUCCUCCAUGUGCAGCUGAACUUCCUGCAUUAAGCACAACUCAGCAAGAAAAGGAUACAACAGAUGAUUCAGCUGUUCAGAAGGAUAUUCUUAUUCAGAUGACUACACCAGUCUCUUCCCCAAGUAUUACAAAGCCAUCAAGAGCAAAUACAGCUUUACAGUGUAAUAGUAACAUAAAUGUACCUACAGCUGUGCCCCUACAGGAACCCCGAAAGUUAAGUUAUGCUGAAGUAUGCCAGAAACCCCCUAAAGAGCCAUCUCCAGUUCUUGUGCAGCCACUACAGGAACUUCGAUCCAACACAGUAUCUCCCACCAAGAACCAAGAGAAUGGAGCUCCUGAGAAGUCCAUUGAGAAACCACAGGAAAAGCCAGAAGCAAGGGCUAGUAAGGAUUAUUCUGGCUUCCGAGGCAGUACCAUUCCCAGGGGAGCUGCUGGGAAAAUCAGGGAACAGAGACGCCAGUUCAGCCAUAGGGCUCUACCUCAGGGAGUGACUCGACGUAACGGCAAAGAACAAUACGUGCCACCCAGAUCACCAAAGUAAAAACAAAACAAACAAACAAAAAAACUACUCAAAAACUUUCUCUCUUCCCAUUAAACUUGAGCCAAGGCUGUUUGAACUGCUUUGGAAGGGGGAGGGAGUAGCCAGGAAGGAUAUGAAAAAUGUAUCCUUAAAUCAGUAUGAAUUUUGGAGUUAUGAGCAAUAGGGUCCCAAAAUUCAUCUCUAAAGUGAUUUUUAAAUGCUGGAGGAUUCUAAUCAGUAUAAAUAUACAUAUAUAAAUAUAUAUAUAUAUAUACACAUAAAAAUAUAAUUUUUCUAUUUUUGUUUUGGAUUUUAAUUUGCAGAGAUUUUCUGCCUGGAAUCAAUUUUGAGGGUUCAGAUUUAACUUGGGGGAGAACCAUACAUCCUUCAGUAUAGGAGGUGAGGGAACGAGAGAAAAUAUUUUUUGAAGAAGCAUUUCUGUAAAAAUUAGAAAUUACUUUUUUUAAUCUAUUUAAAGUUUGGCUUCGAGAAUGCCAUUUCCAACUACAUGGCCUUGUGUCACCAAGCAGAUGGGUGACUGCGGUGUCCGUUGUGGGUUGGAGCGCGUGGGAGAGUGAUUUCAGCCAAAUCUGUUGUGAGAGUAAAUGAUUUGAAAACUGAAUGUAAUACUUGAGUAGGUUUUAGUUUGAAAUUUCAUUUGUCCUUCUGACUUUACUAAUAUUUCAUUCAACAGGCUGUUAAAGCACUGAUUAUACUUGGAGAUGUGACUACCAAUCAGUUUGAUACUCAAGGAAAGACUAAAGUUACUCAGAAUAAAUUUAAAUUCACGUCCCCCCUCUUAAAAUGGAAAAAAUUUUAUUUCAUUUGUCAUUCUAUUCCUUGAUUAGAAAUUGAUUGCCCAUUCCCAGAAGCAAAAUCACCAAUCACCUUUGGAUUAUACAUUUCUGACUGCUUUGACCAGUCUAAUCAAAUCAUAGCUGUUGUAAAUUUCAGAAUUGAAUGAAGUAUUUUAUCCUUCUGUUGUCAUACUUAGAAAUAAUUGAAGAGAAAAUUUUUAAAGGAUUAGAGAACUUUUUUCUGUUUACAGUUUAUUGCCUUCAGUUCCUUGUCAAAAAAAAAAAGUUUGUAAUUCACCGAAUCUGAAAAAGCAAAAAGUUGUGAGAUAAGAUGAUUGAAGAAAAUUAAUGCAUAAUUUUUCAGUGAAUGAAAUUGUAGCUGUCAUAUCAACUAGGCAAGUUUACAUGCUGGUAUUUAGAAAAUGACUAAAAUAUUAAAAAUCAUGUUAUAUCUAUUUUAAGUCAUACCAUGUUCAGAGUUCUGUGUAGGGUGUGGUUAUAUUUUUUCUUUUAGGGAUAGUUUGUAAUAGUAAGAACUGUCCCUUAUGUUAGUGACUUACAUAUGUACAAAUUGAAACUGUAAAUUGUGAACACUGGAAAGCACCAUUGUGACAUAGAAUAUAAACAUCUUAGUAAUAUAUUAAAACGAAUGUAAAAGGAGGUUAAAAUUACAUUACUGUGAAAUUCAUCUUCCAAUUCUAGUUUCAGCUUUGGAGAUUUCUAUUAGUGGGUAACUGUUAAAAGCUUUGAAAACACUGCACAUUUCUGUUCAAGCCAGAAUUGUUAUUUAUAACUUAUUCAGCUUGGCAAUUGCUUAUGGUUUAGUGGAUUGAUAACAUGGCGUAAUAUAUUUACAUAGUUUGAAAAAUCUUCAUUUCUACACACUAUUUUUAAAAAUCGUCUACUAGAUGAAACAAUAAAACUACCUGUGCUAAAUUUUUGGAGUGUAGGCCUUUAAAAAACAAUAAUAAUUGGCUACAUCUAUGAUAAAAGCAAUUUUGGUUUACUUAGAUAAUACUGCAGUUGGUGGAAAUGAUAAGCAUUUAAAAUGUUAACACCCUGUGAAUGCAUUGGAUAUAAGAGAAUAAACUUUUUGUAAAAAUCACUCGUAAAGAUUAUAAACUUAAUUAUUGCAUUUGAAAUGAAAUUUUUUUUUCUGCAGUGUAUCACAGGUUAGGCUCAACUUUCUUGUAUGCUUGUGUGAUUUAUUGUUAGCCCACCAAGUUCUAAAUUUCUAAAGAUUCUGUUUUGUGUUUUGUUUUGUUUGUGGUGCUCGGGAUCAAACAGACCCAGAGCCUUACCACAUGCUAGCUAGCCAAGGGCUCUACCAGUGAACUAUAUAUACCCCUGGUCCUAAAGAUUAUAACUAAAACACAAGAAAGGAGUUUCUUUGUGAAGGAAGUAAAUAUAUACUUUUUCUCUAGACAUUACUGAAAGUAGAAAUUUAAAGACAUGACCAGUUUUUAGUUUGUUCAAAAUUUUAGUAUUUUUAAUAUAACUUGCCUCAUUAUAUGUUUUAGUUCCCAUAUGAUGGGAUGAUAUAUAGGGAAGAGAGUGUGUGUGUGUGUGUGUGUGUGUGUGUGUGUAAAAUAUAUAUAUUUACAAUCUGCAUUUAGUGUUUAUUUUAUUAUAGCAGAUUUAAGGUUUGUAUCCAAAAGAUGCCUGUGAGUUACGUGAAAUUACUGACUUUUCCAGCAUUACUGUCACAGGGUUAGUGUUCAUUUUAGUUCAACUAUUUAUUGAUUCUUUAGAUGGUGGAAUUUAAAUGUCAGAUUUUUCUCUUCACACUUACUACUCAACAUUUUCUUGGGCUCUUGAAGCCUAAAAGUAGAUAGAAAUGAUACUGAUUAUAUGGUACGGUGACCUGCCAUAGUUAUUACUGCAUGAAAAGUCACAUUGUCUCAUCACCUUGCACUUCAAAGAGAAGAUACAUAGAAGAAGGCAUUGUAAAACCUGUCCCCACUUCUUUAAGGUUUUCACAAUAUCUAGAAUCUGUCUGUAAUCUAAUAAUCUUAGUUUUGCCAAAUAUAGCCAUUUAAAUUCUUUUUCAACUGGAUUUUGAAGGAAGAUAAGAUCUUUCAGUGAAAUGGGUUUGUCAUCAUUUAUGCUUAAUUUGCAGGUGAUCAAAUGACAUGCAGAAUCCUAAUUUAUUUUUGGUAAAUAAGGCUAGUUUGGAUAUGUUUGACAUUCCUUUUUCUUUUAAAAUAACAAGAUUUGCUUUAAAAAGGCUUAGUGAUAGAAUGUUGGCAUCUUCACUAGUGUAAAGGAGAACAAGAAUAAUACUGUUAAAACAGAAAAUAGUAUUUAAAAAUUACUGAACAUUUUACUAUCGUUAGUUAUGGCCUUAAUAAUUAGUCUCUUGGCUUAUAUGUCCACUGGUUUUACCUUGAAACUACAACACUGGGGUUGUCUCUGAUAUUCGUGUUGGCAAUAUACAUCAAUCAUAUUUUUUAAAGUACCAGGUUGUUUUUAAUAGAAAACAUAAAACUCGAAUGAGAGUAGUGUAUUCCUUCUGAGGGAUUUUUUAUAAAUUCUUAAAUAUAAUACAUGAUGGGAGAUUUUCUAAUUUUUAUAUAUCCUUAGCAAUUUGAUGGCCAUUAAUUUAACUUUUUGGUAUAUGCUAAUAUAGCUGGUCUGAGCUUUCAAGAAGACACAUUUCCAUUUUAUUAGCUAAAUGACAUUUUAAAGAAGUGAGUUUUUUAAGUUGAGAAUAAAUUCUCCUUGGAAAUUCACCUGAUAACUUCAGGUGAAAUUUUUAUGAAUCUUUAAUUUAGAUAGUUCCUAAAAGUACAACUUAGACAAUUACUAGCAGCAUAUUUUAUUUUCAGUUUUGCGAUAGGACAUUCAUUAGUAUAUGGAAAAAAUAUCACCAUCAGUUUUGGUUGUUUUUUUUUUUUUUUAAUCUGAAUCAAGUGUCUCAAGUGACACCUCUCAAAUGUUGGGGUGUGGUGGAUCAGAAUCAGUUAUUUGAUUUCUAUUUUAUCCAUUGCUUAGGUUUGUUUCUGUUUCAAAACUGUUCCCCACCCUGCCAAUGGUAUGACAUAUGCUCAUGCAUAAGAUGUUAAAAUGGGUACAUCCUUGUAUUUGUAUGUUUCCAACAUUGCCAAGGUGCUAUGGGAAAUUAACAAAAUUAGAAAAAAAUAAAAUUAUUAAAAAGCA